UCACAAGGAGCCACCUUCUUCCGUCCCCGUCCCGUCCAUCGCAUUUCUUGGAUGACGGUGAUGUCAGCCUUUACUCUUACGAGGACAUCAAUCUGCUGGGCAGAUGCACCUUCCCAAUUAAGGGUCCGUUCCUUUACACUGGGCCACAUGCAAAAGACUCGUUCCUGGCCACUCCCAAGUGAAAGACAGUCAGAAACUUUCCUUCCAUCCUCCAGGAUUUAGGAUGACUAUCACACGGUAAUUGGCGCAUAUUGUGUCUUCCUUUUUGUGGAUUGUGCUAUUCGAAUUUCUUCAUGGUCGGGCAGUGGCACAUCUGUUCCAUCGUCAUCGAUUGGAGAUUUGGGUUCGCCAUCUCCUGGUGUUACACUUUCACUGCCAUUUAGCAGGUUGCAGAAGUGUUCCAUCCAUAAACACAGUAUGCUCUGGACAACAGUGACCACAAAACUUAUUGGUUACUACAUGAGAAUGCAAUAACGCAAAGAUGACUAUAAAUCCUACCCCUAGACUGAGAUUUUAACCGUUCCCAGGACAGUCGUGACGACAUAAUCAGAAUCAAACUAUUUUUUUAUUGGAUUGAUGACUUUUAACUUAAAAAUAGUGUUUUUAUCUUUGCUAAGGUUUUUAUCUUUACAGUUUAAGGUUUAUGACUUCGCUCAGCUUCGUCAAUAUUCAAAGACAGCACGAACUAAAAUACAUCAAUUGUAAAGGAAUUAAGCCCACAAAACGGAAUAUGGAAUAAAAUCCAAUAUCAACGCAUCAAAUCACAAUCGCCGUAACUCCAUUACAAAUACUAUUAAUCUAAUAUCUUUUUUAAAUAUCUGCUCGAAAGUUUAAAUUUAUUGUUUUAACUCAAUCUCAAUCGUACGAAAGACAGUUUCUAACUUUCCUAAAUAUUAUAUUAAAAUAUACCAUUGCAAUGCAACUCUGUUUCCACAGUUUCAGCAGUGUUGAUAUUUUGAUUAUUUUAAAUGUCAAUUUUUUUUUCAACUAUUUAUUUAACAUAACAUUAACAAGCUAAUUUAGUUAAAGUGCUGAUAUUUCCAGAGAAAGUAUUAAAAAAGAUAUAUCUUUCACUAUAAUAAAUACUUUAAAUAAAAAAAUACAGCUUCUUGUCAUCAUACCAACGCAAACAAAUUUGUUAACUGUAAAUAUUUCAAAAUAAAAUGGAGCACUUGGACAUCACGCUUCAAUUAGGACAAAUGCUAUUGGUGCAAACAGCUAGUGAAUUAUUAACGGGCACAUUGAAAUAUGUUGAUCUCAAUCGCAAGAUUAUCGAAUUGGAUAACCCUUAUGACCAGCGCUCAAAUUGUCAAUAUAACUCGCCACAAAUUUUGGCGUUUCCUCAAAUUCAGAAGUUGCAAAUCAUAAGAGACGAUGAACCUUCGAGUAACUCAAAUAGCUACAGUGAUACGGGUACAUCAGCUACAUCAUCGGGAAGUCACACAAGCUACGGUACCGCGCUGAAGUCGCCAACUUCAUCUCCUGAAAAUAAAGUAUUAUCCACAGAAGAAAGUGAUGUUGCGCUCAGUACAACUGAAUUAGAGUUGAUACAUGAGCAGCUAAAUACGGUGAUAUGCAUUACACAGACGGAUCAAAAGUAUCACAAAGCGCUUGUAGACAUUCGUGUGCAACCAGUUGUUGCGCUUGUAAUGGAGCCGGUAGAUUAUGGACGCGCACAACGUACAUCAGUGAUGGUUAUAGCGACAUUUCAAACUGUCUACAUAUUCGACAUUAUUGCUUUAGGCAGCAUAUUUCGUGAAAUGAAACAGCUACUGGAGGCUGAGCGACCACGCAAAGUGGUACACUAUAGUCAUAAAUUAGUUGAUCACCUAAUGAAUCGACAUGGCGUGAAGUUAGGUGGUAUAUUCGAUACGUUUGUAGCCGUAUCUCUCGUAAGAGGAAUCAAAGAACCAAUGACUUUAAUAGAAGCUGUGGAAAAUACAUUGAAUAUAACACGUCUUUUCUUUAACCCCGAGACGGAAGACAACUUACACAAUAACCCUUAUAAACGACCGCUGUCCUUAGUAGCGCGUCAAGUGCUGGCAAAGAAAGCAGUAUUGCAAUUAAAGCUACACGAACAUCUACUCCACAAGCACAUGCUGAAGAACUUCUACAAUCAAUGUGAUAUAUUUUCGCAUACAUUUUGUGAAAGUGAAGAUGCCACUAUGCCCAUGGAAAUGCAACGUAAGAGUCGUGCUGGAUUUCAGCAUAUAAAACGUAGUACAAAAGACUUUGAAUUCAAAUUCAGUGAAUUAAUGAAAUAAGUGCGAAAAGAUUAUACUGUUAUUCGCUAUUUUGUGUAUUCAGUGUAUAAAGUGUAAAUGUAAACUAAGUGGUGAAGCUCUCGGUUUAUAAUUAACUUUAACGUGAAUUAUUAAAUUAAAAUUGUGCAUAAUGUAUGAUAUUUGGCUGUGGAAACAAGCUUUCAAGCGUUCACUUAAAAGUUAGUUGUAUGUAUUUGUUUAACAGCUAAAAAGAUAUAUUAAAAGUGUUCAUUAAUUGUUGAAGAACUGAGAAUAGAUAAACAAAUUACACAAAUGAAAUCACCAUAAUUAAUAAAAUAAUCAUUUAUUAUUUAUCAUUUAUAAAAUAUCAUUUACUGCCUAAUUUCAUAUGAAGUAAUAUUUAUUUUAAUUUAUAGAUGAAGUACAAACUUUAACUAUAUAGCAUGCGCGUUGUUUUUUUUUUUUUUGUUUUCUGUUUUUCUUAAAUUUAAGUUCAAAAAUUGUAAGUAGAAUAUAAUUUAAAAAACUCUUUAUGCUUUGGAAUCAAUUUUGAUGCUUUAAAAAAAUUUAUGCAGCCUCUUUGUAAAUUUCAUGUGAACGACAUUCCCAAUGAAAAAACUCAAACAUUUGUGUUUUUUUCACACGGGGGAAAAUCUUACAUCUUUACAAAUUUACAAAAAUGAAUCUCCAUUUAUAGUUUCAAAACGAAUCAUCAAAAAAUCAAAACAAAAAUAUGUGUGACAAAAUGUCGGAAUUCGAAUAUAAAUUGUUUUACACACGAAAUUCGUAAUACGAAUUUUCUUUCGUGUGGAAAUAAAAAUUCAUGGGAAUGCUUUUGUCACAUGAAGUUUAAAAUAAGGCUGAUUGUUUACAUAAAUGAAUUGCUUUUAUUUAUUAUACUAAUGGUUGUCUUUAAGCCAAACACUUAUUUGAUGUAUUACUUAUUUUAAAAUAAUAUUUCUGAAUGAAUAUUACUUUAAUUCUCUUCCAGAGACCUAUAAAAAGGGUUUGAAACCAAUAAACUAUGUAAUCACUAAAUUAUUCCAACCCUAAUUUUUAAAUUUUUGUUUUCCAAAUAAGCAACUGUGUUCACACAAUGCCAUACAUAAUCUGAAUAUGAAUUAUAAGGAGAAUAUAUUUGUCUCGCUAAUCAAAUUGUCCUUUUGUAUCAUUAUUUUCAAUCGGAACAAAUACAGUACAGAUUUAUCCAUUCUUGGGUCUUCUUUUAAAUCUUCAUAUGUGGUUUAUAAUGCACACUUUUAACACUAAUUUCCCAUUUUAAGGCUGAUAAUUUAUUUGUUAAGCUUAACGAAGUUCCUGAAAUCUAUAUAUAUAAAAAUUAAUGCCGAUUUUCGUUGUAAUUUUAUAACUUAAGUACGGACUCACCUAUGGCUUAUGUGAAGUUUGCACAAAAUCGGUCGAGGGGUUCUUUAUUUAUAAUAAAAUAUUUUUUUGUUUGAAUUAAUGGAUUUGAUGUUAAAUUAAUUUUGUUUUUAUUUCACUUUAUACGUAGCACGUACUGGGCGUCUAGUAUCGUAUAAAUUCAUCUAAUACCCUUCUCCUUAUGGUCCGACCCUGUCAAAACAGCUCGAUUCUUUUGCCUCC